AUGGUCGGAAAUGAUAAUUUUAAAUGUAAUAGUAGCAUGGAUACAUAUGGCUAUCUAUAUAAUAAUACUUUUAAUCCUGUUUAUCCAGCUGAAAAUGUCUCAGCAAAAGAUGAUGAUAACGGUGGCUAUGGACAAUUCAUGUUCUCAAUUUUUCUUCAGACAAUGAAACAAUACUUUCUGGUUGUAACAACAUUUUAUCAACAUAUAGCAGAACCAUUUUCAAUCACUGUAACUGGUUUGACAUCACUUUAUUUUUCUCCAUUUAAUGCAUCAAGUAAGGACACAAAGUAUUUGGGAGAACUUCUCUAA